AAUGUGAGCACUUUUUGAAGGCUGUGUGACCAACGGCGUAGAUGAGUCAAUUCUAUGAUGAUUCUUUCAGGGACGGCCAAUCAACGUCUAAAAAGGAACGCGUACAUUAUACUCACCUUUAUUCUACCACAAGCAGUAUUCUUUUACGUAGAACGUCCAGCUCUCUUUAGGAAAAUAAUAUUUUUUUCUGGGCUAAGUGCUACUUCCUAUAUAAAAGUGUUCAACAAGAAAAUUUUGCAGCCCCAAAUUCACGGGUACAACCAAUUUUAUAGAAUCACAUGAGCACAAAUGCACUGCUCCAGCAAGAAACAUGUGCACAAGCCCUGUUCCAUCAAACACAAGUUCAUGUGCACUUGUAGAUUUCUUGGACCCUGAAGACGACGGCUCCCACGAUCUGAGUUCGCAACUCAAGCAGCAAUAAAAUCAAACCUUUUUUUUUUUUUUCCUAAAUGGUUCAGACUUGCGCAUAGUCGUCCAAGACGAUUUGCUGUUGCUAGUUCUGCAUGCUGGCUUAACUUGAAGUUGAUCUCAGAGCAGCGCACAAAUCCUUCAACUUUUAAGAAAAAGAAAUCAUGCCACGCACAGAUAUUCUUCCUACAUGCAAAUGCUUUAUGCUUCCGACGCACUCUUGAGGUUUUAAAAAUGAAACAGCUUCUUUCGUUCACAAUUUCAGGGACCACGCUUUCGGGGCUCUACAUCGCUGUUAACCUGCUCGUGGCACAAUACUUUGAGCAGCGAAGGGCCACCGCCUGCAGCUUGAUGUUCACCGCCGGAGGACUCAACACAAUCGUCUUUCCACCGCUUAUAGAACUCUUCUACUCACGCUAUGGUAUCCACGCAGCGUUCUUACUCUACGGAGCCAUCUUGAUGAACGCAUUUCCGUGCUGCAUCGCUCUAAGAGACCCACCAUGGUUAGAUAAGCACAAUUUCUUGAGCAAUAGAAAACGCCGAACGUUGGACACUGUUUGCACUGCAAGGAGUCCUGUAGGCGGGGAUACCACUUCUCAAGACACCAAUAUUGCGAAAUGUGUCGAAAGUAACGAUGAACUGCAUCUUUUCUUGGAUAAAAGGAGUGUAGAGAAAAAUGUGCAACGUAUCAGCUUAACUAAUACCAAUGGUACACCCACCUCCUCCCGCUUUUCGAUGAGUAGCAGGCUGGAGAGAAAUUACGUUGUUGACUGUUUCAAGCAUAAACUGGCACCAUUCGCCACACUAUCAUUUUUAGUGAGUGCUGUGUCGUUCACGGUUGUGAACUUCGGGAUGGCAUUAUACGUCAUGCUUUCAACAGACCUAGCAAGUGACCAUGGCGUUGAACAUUCAAGCUCAGUUUAUCUUCUUCACGCUUUCUCCGCGAGUGACAUCGUCUCCAGAGCUCUCAGCGGUGUCAUCAUCGACUCUAAGAUUCUGUCCCUGGAGUCCGUGAUGCUCCUGGGGUAUCUUGCCCAAGGUGCUGCUUUCGAGAUGCUCGCGUGGUUUGGUACGUUCCACAUGAUGCUGGCUGCUUCGGCGCUGAUGGGCCUCACAUGCGGCGCGAGGAUCGCCCUUCAAGCCCCCGUGAUUGCGAAAGACUUUGGUCUCAAGAAGCUUCCCGUCGUUAUGGGAGCAAUCUACUUCUGCAUUGGCGUAGCGUUGCUUCUGCGCCCACCAAUCGUCGGCUACUUCCGAGACAGGCAUGGAUCCUACAGCGGUCUCCUUCACUCCACAGCCAUCGUCAACGGUUUGAUGGUGGUUGUCUGGAUCAUAAAACUACUCAACGGCAGGAAACAAGUAUCACCGACAAAGGCGGACCAAUACUCGGAGGAAAUUCGAAAGGAAAUAGGGACGGAGCUCCUGGAGCCGGGCAGAACAGCAGCAAGUGAUGCUGGCCAGUGACACUUGGCUACGUUGCAACGCCACCAAAGGUGUUAAUUGAACGUUUGCCACGUGUCAAACAACCGCACCUACUAACUAGAUGCCAGCGCAGCGUGGACAACGACUACAAGCGCUCACCGCAUCAUUACCGGGAAACCGGAGAAAAGGAUAAACGGGAGGGAACCACGACAACGGGAAUAGAUAGGCGUCGUUAAUUACACGAGUCAAGUCACCACCUAUCCCUCGGCACUUAUCCAGCCGUCAAGACAGCGUGUAAACCGGCUGUUGCAGGAUUCCGCGAAAGCCGCUCACCUUGCAGGCUGAGCGAAGAACGGUAUGGGCAACGAGGAAUGAACCAGGUGUCGCCGCAUGAUUUCUUUCUUCGACAAAUUCCAAAACACUUUCUACGACGCGGAGUUACUGCGGGUUAUGGACAGCAUAGGCGUAGUAUCGCAACGGAGUCGACAAUGGUGAUAUGCUGCUGGACAGUCUUCAGAUUCCCUAGUUGACUCGCCUAGGGAAGAUGACAGAAAUAAAAGCAGACACUUCUCUUGAGUGAGCAAAUAGGGUCCUGAUAUGAACUGACGUUAACUUGCAUCAAGCAUGGAGUGGGCUUCCGCACUGGAGCCAUGUAAAUAAGCUAAAUAAACCCUUUCUCCUUCAUUUUCUACAA